GCAGAAUUUUUCCGUGUUGGAUAUCUGCCUGUGGGUAUUAUUUUUUUUAAAAGUCUUUCAGCAAAAAUAGCUGAUAGCCUUUUUAUACUGAUCUUUUUUGUCACAUCAAGUGGUUCUGGUAACCUUUCCUCUGAAAAUUUCAGAUAUUCCACAGAUGUUGCAGAAAGCAUUUAAAAAUGAGGUGAUGUAUAUUCUCAGAGAAACCUUAGCUGGGUUGAGGUGGCACAGGGAAGUAAGCUGAGAAGUAAGCCACCCCAUUUAAAUAGCAAGGCAAGCAUGAGCAAGAUGUUUUUGGAAAGUGCUGAGGAUAACUGGCAAAAUAGAUUCAAAGAAUGAAAUCAGUGGAAAGAAACUGCCUUGAAAGGCAGUGAGAAAAUUGGUGUGGGAGGGAAUGGAAAAGAAAAUUUGUCAUUUUUUGUUUGGGAGAUACUAAAUUUGCUAGAAAAGGUAAAGAACAGCAUGGGAUGUGCUUACAGACCUCAGAAGUGAGAAGCAGUGAGGCUGUGUAGGAGGUUUGGAAGAGGAAGGAGAGACAGAUCUGAAGAGCUGGGCUCAGAAGUGUUGUGGGUGGGGAGACUGUAAGAUUGACUGAGGAAAUUAAGGGAGUAGUUUGGCAGUUAGAGCAGGCAGAGACCUUGUUCAUGCAUGGGGAAAGCUGAACAUCAGCAUCAGGAUGAGACCUGAUGGGCAUCUGGGAAGCUGGAAGCCAGGAUUCGCAAACUGACAGGGAAUUAUAUGAGAAGCCUUUUGGAGAUGAGGUGAGGAUUUGCUGACACUGGGUUAAAAGCUUGAGAACUGGAGAUGGGGACUGGGGAGUAAGGGGGGCCCACCUGGGCUUAUGGCUGAGGGACAAUCACUGGUGCCUGUAUAAAUACUUUGUCCAGCAGGAGGGGAAGGCAGUGCUGGGAGUAAAGUGCAAGCAAGUGGGAUUUGAGGUACCAGAAUUGGAAGAAUCUGAGCAGGUCAUGCAAAUAGAGACGGUGAGGGAAGCAGGGGGAAUUUGUGCUAAGGAUCACUCUCCACCAGUGACAGGAAUGACAUCCAGCAUGCCUGAAUCUCACUAUUUUGUUGCUGUCGGCAGACAAUUCUGAUGGUCUUGGGUCUCAUCCUUUUCAACCCCAGGCUUGAUCAGAAGAUAACCUGCUGCAGUAUUGGUUAUUCUAUCAGGUCCCUUAGGCUCAUCUAGAUUCCAAAGAAGAAAAAGUUGUUACUCCCCCAUGGUGUAAGUGACUGUUGAUGCAUACUGGGAUUUUGAAUUAGCGGUUUACAUAAGAAGAUCCAGCAGCCAUUACCAGAGAUUUUCCCUGCCUUCCAGUGACUGGCCCUACUGAUACCUUUCUUCACCUGUGGCUUCGAAUCUGUCACGAACACACGCAGAUUUCCAGUUUAGAAGUAUCUUCAUCUUCCUUCCUGUGAAAAUACUAUGAAUCUGAAGGCAUUAAUUUUCCUUCUCCCAAAUUUCAUUUUUGGGAUAUUUCUUUUUGGGUUUUUCUGUAGAAGACAAAAAAAUCUAAUGGUUGCAGAUUCUUUUCCUGGUCUCACUGAAGAUUGGCUAACAAUUCAAAAUGAUCGCAGAAACACACUGGCUUCCCUCUGCCAGAAGAACAACCUCAUUAAAUUAAAAAGUGCAUUGGAUUCUCUUGUUGCAAGCCGGAUUUUUGUGGAGCACAAACAUAAAUUUACCUACUGUGAGGUGCCCAAAGUAGGCUGCUCUAACUGGAAGAGAACUAUUUUCAUUCUCCAAGAAGGCUUGAAUGUGGAAGCUUCUGAAAUUGAGCAUGACCAUAUUCACCAAACCUCACUGAUCAAAAGGCUGAGUGCUUACCCUCCUGCCAUGCGAGAGGAAUUUCUAAACAAUUACACCAAAGUGAUGUUCACCAGACAUCCAUUGGAACGGCUGGUGUCGGCUUACAGAGACAAGCUUCUGCACUCUGAGCCAUACUAUAGUACCACUGUUGCUAAUCAGAUUAAGGCAAUGUUCAGGAAAAACAAAAAUUCCUCUGAAAAAGUGAGUUUCCAGGAGUUUGUCAGUUUCAUUACAGCGAAACCACCAAAUACUCUUGACAUUCACUGGAAACCAAUGUUUCUACUCUGUGAUCCUUGCAACAUUCACUAUGAUAUUCUGGGCAAGUACGAAACUCUUGGGUUAGAUUCUGUGCAAGUUCUGAAGGCAAUUGGUGCACCAGAGAGCCUGCAGUACCCCAGCUUGAAGAGAUAUGGCUCAGAGAAACGAACUAAUAGUGAUAUCACCUUGGAGUACCUCAGACAAUUGAGCUUAGAACAAAUUGAGAAGAUACAAAAAUUAUAUCAAAUGGAUUUUCUCUUGUUCAACUAUACUUUGAAAUAUGAGAACUGUGACAUUAAUGCAGCUUAAACAGUGAAAAUUUUCAUUCAUACAAGAUGAGCUUGAACUUGUCCUCAAAGGUGCUUGAUGUAUAGGUAUAUUACAGAUGAUGCGAUUUUAGUGGUGUUUAGAGACAUGGUUUUAUUCGUUGUAAGCACUCAUAACAAAUCUGUGCUUUGAUCUGUGGUACAGUGUUUAGCUAUAUGAUUUUUUUUUUCUUUCUGAUAAUCAUAUAGAUAUGUUUGCGUCAAAAAGGCUGCUUGUAAAAGAUAGAUUUUUUUAGUCGGUUGGUAGAAGAAGAGAGAAGGGUGAAGAAUGCUGUUCUUCACAAUUAGUAUUUUACAGAAUUUUUUUAUUAAAACAAUAUUUUUUUUAAGAAAAAGACAUAAAGCAAUAGAUAAUAUACUUAAGUGUUAAACCAUUCUGUCUAUAAAAGCCUCAAACAUGAAUCCUGUAGGAAAGAAGCAAAUAACUUCAGAUACUUGGACCUGUGUUAGAGAACUUAAUACCUGAUUAUAUUCCUCUCUGGCAGUGCUCUUCCUGCAACAUGCCAGCCUCUUCCAUCGAGCAACAUCUUCAGCUGCAGUCCAGCAGGUCUCCCCUUAUGUGUCUUCAGAUUCUUUUUACCACCUUUGUGGAUAUGAUGAUCUGAUCUAAGAGGAAAAUCUAAAAAAUGUCUUCCUUAGAGAUGAAAUUAGGGGUACUUUCUAGACUGUACAAUGGAGGUGGUGCAGGAUCUGAAGUUAUGGUGGGAAUGUGGCUCUGACCUAUUCUCCAAAAGUACUUAGCACCAACUAAUCAGCCAGUCAACAAAGGGGGGACACUGUUGAGGCUUUUCACAUCUGUAGCUGCUGGAGAUCAUGAGCCUUGGAGACUUACCUGAAUAAGAUACUUAGGUGAAGGUGAUAUAUAACAGGCUCUACCUGUUGCUUUCUCACCUCACAGAAAGAUGAAUGCAAAUUAACUGCAGAGUUAUGGUGAGGGAAACAAUUAAGAGUGUGUGAGAAGCCAUUUAAAACAUAAUCCAUCUCUUCCAGUCUUAAGUGGCUUUCGUUUUAGAUCAGGGAGAUCUGUUAAGUACUUUUGCCCUAUUUUUUGGAAACCUAGUCCCACUGAAAAUGAUUUGCUAUCAUGUCAAUUGUAACUAUUUUCAGAAAUUUUCCAUUAAUUUCACUUUAAGCAAUGCUGAUUUCUGGAGCAAACUUUAACUGCACUUAACAGUGAGAUUUAAGAGAUUUUAUUUCCUACCAUCUGUAUCUGCAAAUAAACAAAGACUGGCCAGGCUAGUCCUUGAUCCAGUGAUGGUUCACAGCUUAUUACACAGAAAAGGACAAGAUAAUUUAAUAGCACUGGAGCUUACUAGCUGUGUAGCCAUUCCUGACAGCAGAAUGGCCUAGAAUAGUUAAAAGGAGAUUGGGAAAAGUGGACGAUCUGAGAACUCCUGAGAAUUAUUGGGAGGGCUCCUUGUGUAGUCAGUGGGAUUUAGGGCUGGUCUACUCCAAAGAGAAGUGAUAUAUUGGUCAUCAGCUGGAAACAGACCAUGGAAAGAGGUAGAGGCAGAAGAGGGUGUGUGCAGCCCUUCGCAAUGGCUGAUUGUACAUAAAGCCAGGAUUGCUGUUCAGUAUGUCUUGCAGUUCUUGAAUGGAUAACUAUUUCAUAAAUUGGACAGCUUUGGCAAAGAAAGGAUCCAAAGCAAGAAGCCUAAGCAAUCUCAACAACUUUAAAAAAUUAAAAUCUUGUAUUUCUCUUCCCAAUGAUUCACGGCUCUGAAUCAUCAUAUUUGGUAUCCCUACAGUCCUAUUAUCCCCCAACAUUCAUGCCUCUCUGGACAGCCUGUACUUUAUAAAGUUUUUAAAUUAUUUUAUUUGUGCUGAGGCAGAGGAAGCUGAAAAAGAAUUCCCAUUGAAGUUCAGUCUGCACAAAAGGAUGUGGCCUUUGUCUUUCCUGAAUCAGAUUUAGUGCCAUCUCCAGCUAUAUACUACUCCUAUCUUUUGUCAGAUCAUGAGGAGAAAAAAGAGGGAAAAUAAGAUUUGCUUGAUAACUUUCUUCUGCAUGAUAACUCCUUCCAGAGCUGUAAGCUUCGGCACAGGUACUUAAAUUUUUUGCCACCACCAGCCAACCUAGGAAAUGUCUGAAGAAAUGGUACUGAUGAAGGUAUCUGCUUGUCAGUACUUUUGUGUUAACACUCCUCACCAAUUUCGUGCUGUUAUGCAUGGGUGGCUUUCUAUUCUUACUUCUUCUUUCUCAUGGAAUCACAUAUAUAUUCUUCCUACAGUGGCGACAGAAAAUGGAUGGGUAAUACAUUUGUCACCAAAUGCUAGUCAGUAACUGGGGGCUACUGAUGCAGAAAAACCUCUGUAGCUAUUCAUGACAGACUUUCAGACUUCUAGCAUUUAUCUAUAUGCAAACUGUAUGCAGUAAAUUUCCAGGAACUACUUGCUGCUGUAAUUAUGUCUAGCUGAUGUGGAUCUCAACAACAAUCAUGGAGGAUGUAAGUGUGCACAUACAACUUCAGAUAUUCUGGAAGGAAACAGUGUACAAGAACAGUUGUGUAUCAACACUAACAAAAGGAGGAUGAUAGUUGAACUGCUGGAAAGUAGAGGGAAAAAAAAAAAAAAAAAAAAAGGCCAUUACCUUGUAAAGGCUGCUAUAACAUUCUCCUGCAGGUCUCUGUCCAUGCUCAAUCCAGCUCACUACAUUUCUACCUCUCAGCUUGCAAAUAAUCCGCAUCUUCUCCCUUCCAAGAGCUGCUGUUCGGUGAGGCAGGAGCACACGAGCUCUGCAGUAUUUCAGAGUUGUUGGUGACUUGUUUUGUGCUGUCAGUGGAGACCGUGCCACUUGCUUUAUUCUCCAGGUGACUCGUAGGGCUCAUUUCACGAAAUAGCCUUUUAAGUUCUCCAAUUAAAAGACUUACCAUUAUUUCAUCCUUGGUACUGCAAUAUAAUAAAACUUGAUGGAGGCUCUUGACCUAAUCCUAAUUAGUCUGAAAGAACUUCAAGACACCUGUACACUUAAUUGUGAAAAGGAGAAGACAAUUACCUCUUGAGAAGAGGUAAGUAGAGAAAUUUCUUGCACUCUCCUCUCUACAAGUGUACUAUCCAGAAUAGAGGCUCCUGGCUGAACCGGCUCCCACCUAUGCUUGCAGGAGAAGAAUGUCUGGGGGACUUCAUUCAUUUCAGCUCUAACUCUGGGUAUUGGUUUCCUGGGAGGAAGUUGGGUUCUUUCAGAUGGGUCAGGGAUGAAGGCAGCGUGGAGGGGAGAGAGGCUCAGGUCUCAGAGUAGAUUAGAAAGGGUAGAGGAUUGCUACAAUUGAUCUUCUGAUUUAUCAUUAUAUUUGUCUGUGAUAUAACUGUUGCUAUGCUUUAUACCUAAUUACUGUAAUAAAUGGUAGUGAGUUAAUACAUUAAUCCAUUUGUUCAUCCUUCUCAGUAACAUCUGUUUUUAAAGAAAAACCACAAUGCUUAGGGCUGUUCCAUCAAAUCAACGUAGCCACAAGCUAUUGGACAACAAUUAAAAGCCAUUUGACUUCUUCAGUACUUUAAUAUAAAGUUGUCUCACAGGAUUUUGGGAAGAGUUGGAAGAAUGAGGAAGUAUUAAUGGACAUUCAAGUUUGGAUAAAAUACAAAG